AUGACCCGUGGUGAAUUAGAUUGGAGGAAAAAGCAGACCGAGGUCGAAACGCUGGAACAAACGAUUCGUCAACGCAACGAGGAGCAAAGACGAGCGGGAAUCGAUUUCACGGCCACCUGCCAGAUUUGUUUGAAGACCAAAUUCGCCGAUGGGAUUGGCCACACCUGCCAUUACUGCCAAGUUAAAUGCUGCGCUCGAUGCGGGGGCAAAGUGACUCUGCGAUCAAAUAAGGCGAUAUGGGUAUGCAUCUUGUGCCGGAAAAAGCAGGAACUGUUGAUAAAAACUGGUCAGUGGAUUCACACGGGCGGCCCGUCGGGUUCCUCGGAUGUCAUGUCCCCCGGGGAAUUGAUCCCAGCCACUCCGACAUCUCUGAGUGAAAAGCGGCCGAAGUUGGAGAGGGGGACGAGUUCCGAAAAGGAGAAUCGCCCCUCCAUGUUCGUCCCGAAUCUUAGCAUGUAUCAUCGGCCUUCGCCUAUGCAUACUCAACUCGUACGACAAUAUUCGCACGAUAACGUCCAGCCCGGACACACUCCUGCUCCCUAUAGGCGUCCCCCUCCGCUCCAACGUCGGAGCAUGAGCGACGGAGGCGAAGACAUGAACCCCUCCAACUUCCACCCUCACCGCCACCAGCUGCCCUCGCCCCAGCAAUUCAAUUACCAACGGAACCCCUCGCAGCCUGAGCAGAAACCCGCACCGCCGCCCCAGCAGCCGCAGCAAUCGCCGCAUCCCCCGCAGCGCCUGUUGCCUCAACUGAGGCGUCACCUUCCCGGCCAGCACCCUGCCAGGCCUGAGUUUCUCCCCGGGGAUAGGAAGCGACCCGGCCCCGUGCAGGGCCACCCGCUUCCGGUCAUCAGGAACGAUUCGCUCAGCUCGGACCAGUCUGAAAAUGUUCGUCCUCCUCCGCCGAAACCUCACAAAAAUCGGCGCGAAAAACGCCUUCCCCAAAGGUCUUUCUCCAGUUCAGACGAAGAAGUAAGGUCUACGCCAGAGUGCACAAGCUGUGAUGAUCAAGAAAUUGAAAGUGAGAGUGUGAGUGAAAAGGGAGAGCGUGAAAAGGGAAGGCGUUCCCUAAGUUACGUGGACUCGUUGCCAUACGAUUCCAAGCCGAAACAACCGAGGAAAAGUGUCCGAUUCUUCCACAAUGAUCCCGGCUGUGAUAAAAACGGUGUACCUGAAUCCGAAGACGAGUACGAGUUGGACUUCCCCAAGGACUCUGGGAUCGAUACGAGUAGCACUUUCACUUCAAGUGAAGACUCCAACAAGGGAGGAGCUGGAAAUCCAAUCAAGCGAUGCGAACGGCAGUGGAGGGAGCUUGCGCCCUCCGCCCCAGGAUCUGGUAGACCGUGGACUAUAGCGCUGAGAGCACUGAUUCCGGCUCAGACACUGCGCAAGAAGCCAAGCGAGGCUACCGACCCAGAAGGCACGAAGUUAAUCGGGCACAUGAUCCUGAAGAAGAGCCUCACGGAGACGGGGGGGUCCAGCUCCAGUGCGGCCAUCCUGGGGCUCAAGGUCGUCGGCGGGAAGAUCUUGGAAAAUGGGAAGUUGGGAGCCAUCAUCGAGAAGGUGAAGAAGGGGUCCAUUGCCGACACCGUCGGACACCUCAAACCAGGAGACGAAGUGCUGGAGUGGAACGGGAGGAGUUUGCAAGGCAAGACCUUCGAGGAAGUGUACGACAUCAUAGCGGAGAGCAAGCAAGAGCCCCAGGUGGAACUGAUGGUGUGCAGGGCGAUGAGCGACGUCGGGAGACAACAUCGUCGCAACACCCACGCAGGCAUCACUUCCCAUUCAGAAGCGAUGGAGUUGCCGAGUGGAAGGAGCCUCGACUACGGGAGGGGGGUCCGAGGCCCGUCGGGGAGAGUCCCCGGCUCGGACACUCUCAGGGUGCGAUCCAAUACCCCGACUCUUGGGGGGAGGGUGCAGGUCCGGCUCUGGUUCGACCUCCAGAAUAAUCAGCUCGUCGUCACCAUGGUCUGUGCUGUGGAUCUGCCCCCGAGGAAGAACGACCAACCUCGCAACCCCUAUGCAAAGAUGCUUCUCCUGCCUGAUACCAGUGAGAGGUCGAAGCGACGCACAAAGACGCUAGCGAACACUUGCAACCCAAAAUGGAGGCAGACUUUCGUCUAUUCUCCGUUACGGAGAGCGGAACUGCGCUCGAGAACCUUGCACGUCACGGUUUGGGACUAUGACCGUUACGGAGUGAACGACUUUCUCGGCGAGGUCAUGAUCGAACUUAGUGAAGCUCCUCUGAACGAGGAGCCUGAGUGGUAUUACCUUAAAGGACACGACAACCAGCAGCAUCGUCCUGGAUCCGACCAUCUCUCGCCGCCUUCCACCAGUUCCAGACUUUCUGACUCGGAAAUCUCGGAAUUGGACGAAGAUACCAGUGGAACUGGGAUCGUGCACAGGAGGACUGACGGCUCCAGUGUAGCCAGUUCCAGCAGCCCCCCUUUAGAGUCUUCUCGGCGGAACCCCGCAGCAGGGAAAGUGUUGGAAGGAGACGCGCCUCCAGGAGAUCCGUUCUUCGGACCACGGACUUCCCGCAGCCGAGAACGAGGUCCCAGCGGUCGAGUGUACGAGGGACACGAGCACGCGUCCAGGUCCCUCUCCCCGCCAGUUCAAGAAACCCAAUGGACUCGGGGCAGCGGAACGCGGUCGGCUGCCGGCACGCCGAUCGCGUCUCCCAAGAAGCGUAAACUUCCCAUCGUCCCGGCCGGUCUCCGCAAGGCAUCCAAGGAUCGGGUGGCUCAGUCCUUGAACGAACGAGCCAUAGCUCUCAAGAUGAGGCUCCGAAGCCGAGGUGCUCCCUCUUCUUAUAGAAUCCCUCCUCCAGGUGCGUACCAAGGAGGGGAAGAAGGUUCAGGGGUAUCUCCUGAAGACCUGACCACUUCAGGUGACAUUGGAGAUUCAGAUAUUGAAAGUGUUGUCAGUGCCUUCUCGACGCAGAGUGAGCGAGGAGCUGCGCGCCUUCACUUCGGGAGGAGGGGACAGCGUUUCAUACGAAGCAUGAGUGCGGAGACGGGCGAGAAAGGGGAUGGUAGCCUCUCAGACGGAGCUCUGGGAGGCGGUGGCUCGGAUACCCCCGGAGGCGGUGGGAGUGGGGACGGUGGCCUGAGUGCAAGUGGUGGAGGAGCGUUGACUCCUUCGAGUGGUGCUAGUGGGAAAGCCAGGAUCGGACUUUCCUUCAUGGGAGCUCCUGGCAUGGGCAAGAAAUCCUCUUCCACUUCUCAACUUUCUGCCACAGGUCAAAAGCGCCGCUUGGUCUUCGGCCGACGUGGCAAGACCUCAUUCGCCGUCCAGAGAAGUGAAGAGGUGUACCCAGACUUUUCAGGAAGUCGCUCAGGCCCGGUCCAGCCCCAACCCUCCUCCUGCUCUUCCGAUGCCGAUCCAGACGCCGAAGACGAAGAAAGCGUGAGUUGUUGGUUCCCCUCUAUUGCUGCAGAGAGUAGGGGCAGACGGAGUGGUAGUCAGAGUGGUAGUCAGAGCGCUUUUCCCAGAAGUGAGGAGGUCAACCCAUGUCGCCCGGCUCGGUCGGCCACCUUGCACAAGCAACCGUCUCGAGACUCGGAUGUCUCCUUCAAUAGCGCUAGUUCUGAGGGCUCCCUUUCGAGUUGGAUCCCGAACCUGAGACUGCAAGGGGAAGGAGAGCUGUCUGAUUUCGUAGAGGGCUUGGGCCCGGGACAGCUGGUGGGCAGGCAAGUCCUCGCCGCCCCCGCUCUCGGCGACAUCCAGCUGUCCCUCUGCGAUCGGAAGGGGAAGCUGGAAGUGGAAGUGAUCCGAGCCCGAGGACUCACUCAGGCGAAGCUCGGCGCGAAGGUUCUUCCAGCUCCGUACGUGAAGGUCUACCUUGUGGACGGGAAGAAGUGCAUCGAGAAGAACAAGACGGGAACGGCGAGGAGGACGCUGGACCCCCUUUAUCAAGAACUUCUCCCCUUCCAUCAGCCUUAUAAAGGAUGUGUGCUUCAGGUGACGGUAUGGGGGGACUACGGUCGCAUGGAAGGCAAGAAAGUGUUCAUGGGAGCGGCCCAGAUCAUGCUGGACGACCUGGACCUGUCGAAUAUCGUGAUCGGCUGGUAUAAACUGUUUGGGACUUCUUCCUUGGUCAGUCUCCCAGCCGUGCAGAAGAAGAACAGUGGGGGCAGCAUGGAAUCCGGCAUGUGAAGCCUCGUCAGACAGACACCGCGACAGGGUUCUCCCACUUCUUAUAUCUUUCCAUUACUUUCCAUCCGGUUCUCGUUCCAUCUGGGGUUUGGUUUUUUUUCCUUCUUGGUGAAUUUGAUUUUUUAUUUUAAUGCUCGGAACGUCCCGGCGACGAUGUUGGAGUCAGAGUCCUCUGUCCGUUCGUCUGUCUGAUCGUCGAUUGAUUGAUUGAUUGGCUGGACCGCUUCUCAAACUUGCUCUGUGAUUGGUUAAUAAUUGCUUUGUUGGUGUUGCCUGUGCUGUGAUUGGCUCAUGAAAAACGCUUCAACCGAAGAAUAAUGCUUUGGGUUCUUUCAGUUGAUCUCAUUCUCGAAAACUCCAUCCCCAGGCGGAAGAAAACGAAUUUCCUUCAUCUUUGUCUAAUUCUGAGCCUGCCUGCUGAUAUGCCUGCCUUGAAAUCAUUCCAUUCGUCGGUAUUGUUUACCACAUUCCGAUCGUUUCGAUUCUUCUCUCCG